ACUAUAUAUGUAUGAGUGUAACAGUUUAAGACCCAACACACAUAUCUCAAACAACUUACAUGAUGCCUGUGCUUAUUGUCCUGACGCUUGUGUUUCUUUGCCACUCCUUUGUUGAUGCAGAGGUUUUGCAUCAGCAGACGAAGAAGACGACGACGUUCAUAGUUCACAUGGACAAGUCGAGCGUGCCAGAAAGCUUCGACGAUCACCUGCAGUGGUAUGACUCUUCUCUGAAGUCAGUGUCACAAACUGCCAGCAAGCUCUACACCUACAAUAACGUUGUCCAUGGAUACUCGGCCCGCCUAACAGAGGAGGAGGCUCGGUUGCUUGAAGAGCAACCGGGAGUCCUUUUGGUUCAAGAGGAUAAGAGAUGCGAAAUCCACACCACCAGAUCACCUGAGUUCCUCGGAAUCCACAACAGUGAUGAAUCCUUUCCUGAGUCCAGCACGCCAAGUGACGUGAUCAUUGGCGUGCUGGACACAGGGGUUUGGCCCGAAUCAAGUAGCUAUGAUGAUAAGGACAUGGGCCCGGUCCCUCCUGGCUGGAAGGGAGCGUGUGAAGCAAGCAGAACCUUCAGCUCGUCAAGCUGCAACCGCAAACUGAUAGGUGCAAGGUUCUUCUCACAGGGCUAUGAAGCAGCAUACGGGCCAGUUGAUGAGACGAAAGAAUCCAGAUCCCCAAGGGACGAUGACGGCCAUGGAACACACACGUCGACCACAGCAGCUGGAUCAGCCGUGGUUGGAGCAAGUCUCUUCGGCUAUGCUGCAGGCACAGCACGCGGAAUGGCCAAGCACGCGAGAGUGGCAGCGUACAAAGUAUGCUGGCUGGGAGGAUGCCUCAGCAGCGACAUACUAAUGGCGAUGGACAAGGCAAUUGAAGACGGUGUCCACAUCCUAUCCCUGUCACUGGGUGGAUCAGUCAAUGACUACUUCCAAGACACUGUUGCAAUAGGAGCUUUUGCAGCAGCGUCUAAAGGAGUUUUUGUGUCAUGCUCAGCCGGGAAUGGAGGGCCGCGACCAGGUAGCUUGUCUAACGUCGCGCCAUGGAUAACUACAGUGGGGGCUGGCACGAUGGACCGGCAGUUCCCAUCGUAUAUCACCCUUGGAAACGGUAGAAAGCUAACAGGGGAAUCACUCUACAGUGGGAAACCAUUACCUGGCUCAUUAGUCCCAUUGGUUUAUGCUGGCAAUAUUAGUAAAGCAUCCAAUGGUAAUAUGUGCAUUGAAGGAGGCCUAAUCCCGGAAAAGGCCAAGGGGAAGAUCGUGGUGUGCGACCGAGGGCUGAACCCGAGGGCACAGAAAGGUCUCGCAGUCAAAGAGGCCGGUGGGAUCGGAAUGAUUCUUGCAAACACUGAGGCAUUCGGAGAAGAGCUGGUUGCUGAUGCCCAUUUUAUACCCACAGCAGCAGUAGGCCAGGCUCCGGGUGAGGAGAUAAAGAAGUACGACUUUUCAGACGCGAAUCCGACUGCCACAAUUGCAUCCGGGAGCACCCAGCUCGGAGUCCAACCAUCACCUGUGGUAGCAGCAUUCAGUUCAAGAGGUCCAAAUCCAAUCACACCUGAUAUACUGAAACCUGAUUUGAUAGCACCAGGUGUGAACAUACUUGCUGGUUGGACGGGAAAGGUCGGUCCAACAGGAUUGCCUGAGGACACGCGGCACGUGGACUUCAACAUAGUUUCUGGCACGUCCAUGUCCUGCCCUCACAUAAGCGGACUAGCAGCGCUCGUUAAGGCUGCCCAUCCAGGAUGGAGCCCUGCAGCUAUAAGAUCAGCACUGAUGACGACGGCUUACAAUAGAUACAAGAAUGGAGAAACAAUUAAAGACAUUGCAACUGGAAAGGCAUCCACACCGUUUGGUUAUGGUGCUGGACAUGUGGACCCUUUAUCCGCGCUACACCCAGGUCUAGUAUACGACACCACGACCAGAAACUACGUAGAUUUUCUCUGUGCCAUAGGAUACAGUUCUAGGAUGAUAAAGCUCGUGGCGAAGCAAGAAUAUCAAUGCAAGGCGGGCGUGAAAUACAGUGUGGCAGAUCUUAAUUACCCGUCUUUUGCUGUUCCACUAGAGACGGCCUCAGGGCCGCGAGGUGGUGGUGGUAGCGCGCCAACGGUUGUCAAAUAUACGAGGAGACUGACGAAUGUGGGUGAUCCAGCAACUUAUAAGGUAUCUGUUUCUCAGGAGACGGAUUCAGUCAAGAUCCAGGUUCAGCCGGCGGUGCUGAGCUUCAGCGCUCCGAACGAGAUGAAGACAUACACUGUUACAUUUGCUGCGACUUCUAUGCCCUCGGGCACAAGCAGCUUUGCUCAUUUGGAAUGGUCAGAUGGGAAACACACUGUUGGUAGCCCAAUUGUAUUUAGUUGGACAUAGUAGUAUCAAGCAAUACUGAUUGUAUUUGUAAUUAAGACAUAUAUAUUCCCCCCUCUCCCAAACUCCAAAAUGCAUACAUCAGUUUGCUCUAAAAA